AUGAACCAGCCUACAAAGAAGAAACGCGUUCAAGACCCACCUCUGCCGCCGGAUGCAGGUCAGAAGCCAAUACAGCUGCAACGCCGACGCGUCUGGCGAGCAUGUGAGAACUGUCGGAGAAAAAAGAUCAAGUGUGAUGGCAUCGAGCCCGUCUGCUCGCAGUGCUCUGCUGCUUCUACGAAUUGCACGUGGUUGCAGACAAAGGAUCGUGCGGCUCUCAGUCGCCACUAUGUCCAAGAACUUGAAGCGCGUCUUAUGCAUAUGGAAGAAGUUUUCAAGCAAGUGGCUCCGAUAGUAGAACUCAUUGAGAAGUCGCCUAGCGGUGGCCAAGCUCCUGUUCAAGGGAUUGUGGAAGCACUCAAGAAACAGAACGGAACCACUCGAAACCAAUCAGUUAGUCCCUCACGUGGUCCCUAUGGACGAAGAGAGAGAGCUCUGUCUGAACAAUCAAGCUCUCCGCUGCCUAAAUCUCCUUCCGUCUCUUCGAGCAAGGAAGACGAUGAGGUAUCGGAAGCUUUCGGACAGCUUACCUUGGACGAACACGGCCAUUUGCGCUGGAUUGGCGGCUCGUCCACCAUGUCCCUAGUACAGUCCUUCCGUGCUCUAACUUCGUCCCCACUUCAUCGUGUCUCCCCGAUGGAGGACGACCCGCAUUCACCAGGGCCAAGCGCGAAUAAACUUUAUUUCCCGGCGUCUGUCUUUUUCGGAAAGGUGCAUGCAUUGCCCGGUCCGGAAGAAGUUGAAUACCCCGACAGGGAUUUGGCAGAUAAACUGAUUGAGGCCUACUUCCAUCGUCUGCAUUUCUUGCUGCCAGUGGUUGAUAAGACGACUUUCCUUCACGCUUAUAACAAUCUUAUGGACCUUAAACAUGAUACAAAUAUUGUACGAGCACAGACCCCCUUUAUUGCCUUGGUUUUCGCAGUUUUCGCUUGUGCAUCGCGUAUUGUGGAUGAUCCCCGACUUAAUGGUAAAGAGGAUGGUGGACUUGGGAUGGUCUUCUACGAGCGAGCAUUGAUCUUGCACUACAUCAGCCAUCCUCUUAUUCAAAUAGCUCAUGUCCAGUGUAUUGUCCUCUUGUCGUCUUUCCUCUGCUCAGUUAAUUGCCUGCCACAAGCCUGGUUGCUUGUUGGGCAGGCAGUACGCAUGUCUCAAGAUUUGGGUCUUCACAGAUACUCUCGCCAUGUAAGCAUGACGCCGCUGGAAAAGCAAGUCCGUCGCAAGGUAUUCUGGAGCGUGUACUCGUUGGAUCGUAUGCUAGCUAUGGCACUUGGACGACCGCUAGGCAUAGAAGACUCAGAUUGUGACGCAGAAUAUCCGUUCGAAUUUGACGAUGAAGACUUACCUGAGUUCUUUUCGGGCGCCAACAUACAGAGAACCCAACCAUCACUUAUGAUGGGUUUUGUUGCACUUUGCGAGUUGUACAGGAUUGCGGGUCGCGUCUGUCGCCAGAUAUACGGCAUCGACAGCUUCAGGGAGCAUCUUGAACCCGAGAAAGUCCAGGAGCUUGUAGAACAAGCAAUGAGUCUUGAUGCUGAGCUUUUGGACUGGUGUAACAAGCUUCCAGCAACCUUCAAGUCGUCCCCGACUACCGAGGCUCAAGUGACAAUGGGAGCGGUUUUAUGCAGUCACUACUACUCGAUUCUUACGACGUUGCAUAGAAACUUCCUUCCGCUGUCGCAGAGUCAGUUCACCGGGAUGACGUCAUCUCUCAAGGCCGUCCAUACUGCGCGGUCUUGCAUUCGAUUGGCGCCAUCAGUCAAGAAUGUCGUUCCGUCCUCACAUCAUUUGGCGUUCUUCAUCCAGCACUUGUUUAGCUCCGCAGUCAUUAUACUUCUCUAUGCCAUGCAUAUUCCGGACAAAGAAGCCGCACCCGCGGCAAUGGCGGAGGCAGAAAGCUGCAUAGGCGUCGUUUCUGCGUGGGAAGGCACUUGGCCAGGUGCCCGAAAAUGCAAGGAGCUCCUGUCUGAUCUAGCAAAUACGGCAAGAGAUGCUAUUAACAAGGGUUCGGCGGUGGCGAGAUCGAAUGAUGCCUCACCCUUCGGUGGCUCUCUCUCUCCAACAUCUCCUUCUCAAUCUUCCAACCUGCAGCGCUCAUUUUCUGGCAGAGUAAUUAAACCAAAACCAUCCAGGGGACAAUCUCGGGAUGCCCGGGAGCGCGUACGGAGACGUUCAUUGUCUGUGCAAGGGUCCCGUUCGUCGCUCUCUGCCCGCAGAGCCAUGUCUCAAAAGCGUGCACAUGAUGAGAUGGAGCAUCCUGGACCAUCGUCCUCAUUUUCUUCUUCUCCACAUUCUCAUCAUCAAUCUUUCGCUGCAGCGUUUUCUCCGAGUGGCCAGCAGAACGUAUUUAGCGAUAACAUGCAAGGAGGUCUCACGGACAGAGUUGGAAGGAGCAUGGGCACUCGUCAAGUAUCUUUCAUGCCGACUUCUCCGAUAUUUGGGCCUGCACUUCCCUCGCGCAGUGAUCCCAGCUCCUUGAAUUUCUAUAAUUUUUCAGGAUCAUCUAUGAACUGGAAUCCUAGCUCGCAUCCUGAGGAAGAUGUGUCGCAGAAUAUUUCACAAGACUCCGAUAAUUCAAAUGCAAACGCUGCAUCGUACAAUCCGCUGGCCCAGGGCAUGUUGGACCAAAACAUCCUAGCAUACGGUUCGACGCUCGACUCACUGCUCGGUCUGCAGCAGCCGAUGGACACGCAAGAUGACGCGCCGCCUUCUUCGUCAUUUGACACAGCAGGCCUCCCAUUUGCUGGCCUGGACUUCAUCCGUAACUAUACACCUGGAAUUUACGGAGAUGGCCAAGAUGGCCUCUGGCAGGGCUUUGACGGUGGAGAAUUCCGAGGCGAUCCUGAUUUGCCGUUUUCGCUGGGAGAACUUAAUAUGGACAAUGAUGUCUCGCAGGCACAGGCUUAG